AUGGCUCGGGCCUCGACCGCCCUCGACUCUUACGUCUCCGAGCUAGGGAACGACAUUUCAUAUGAGAAGAGCUUGUCGUCAUCUCGCUUCCUCAAAACCAUCGUUGCCCGACACAAGUAUGGUCCGUUGGUGCUCAAGAUAUUCAUCAAGCCAGAUGCGUCUAUGACGCUCCGCGUCAUCCAGCGGCGUCUCAAGAGCGAACGUGAUGCGCUGGCCCAUCUGUCCAACGUGAACACGUAUGCGACAUUUAUCGAGACUGAGAAGGCCGGAUACCUUGUCCGACAGUGGGUCGGCUCCAGCUUGUAUGACCGACUGAGUACGCAACCCUACCUUACGGACAUUGAGAAGAAGUGGAUUGCGUUCCAGCUUCUCACUUGUCUCCGAGACGCGCGAACGUCAAAGGUCGCUCAUGGCGACAUCAAGUCGGACAACGUCCUCAUCACGUCCGACCUCACCGUCCUCGUUACCGACUUUUCGAGUGCAUUCAAGCCCACAUACCUUCCUCUAGACGACCCAUCCGACUUCUCCUUCUUCUUUGACACGUCAGCAAGGCGCACAUGCUACAUUGCGCCUGAGCGUUUCUACACUGCCGACUCGAAGAUCGCCCAGGACAAGGCCGCAGCGGCUGCAGCUGCACUUGCAGCUGCAGCGUCCGAGACGUCUGACGCAGCGAGUGGAACUGAAUCGUGGGAGAAGCGCGACGGAAAGAUCACAGAGGAAAUGGACGUCUUCUCUGCUGGCUGCGUUCUCGCCGAGACGUGGACCGAUGGACGAACCGUGUUCAAUCUCAGCGAGUUGUUCGCGUAUCGCAACGGCACCCUCGGUCUUGAAGGCAUCCUUGACAAUCUCGAGGACGUCGACGUAAAGUCCAUGAUUGCGCAGAUGCUCUCCCGAGAGCCAUCGCAGCGUCCUUCAUUUGACCGCGUCCUGGCAACCUACCGUGGUACCAUCUUCCCCGAGUACUUUUACACUUUCCUCAAGGACUAUGCCACCGAGCUCGCCGAGCUGCCCGAUACACCCGAACCUGACUUCCUUCGGCGAGCUUCAACAACCCCUGGGUCCAAGAUUGACAGCAUGCUCGAGCAGUGGGAUUCGAUUAGUGUUCAUCUGGAAGGCAAGGGCGUGAGCGAGACUCUUCUGUUACUCAACAUUGUCACCGCGUCAAUCCGCAACUGUCUCUCGCCCAGCUCGAGGCUGCACGGUCUCAAGCUAUUCCUCAACCUCUGCCCUUAUCUCAUGGAUGAAGACAAAGUGGAUCGCAUCGUUCCCUUCGUUGUCGAGCUUCUAUCCGACGAGGUGGCCAUUGUCCGCGCUGAGGCCUGUCGUACACUGGUCAUUGUUGUCGAGUCUGUGCAGUCAAUCACAUUGCACAACGCCACAUUCAUCCCAGAGUAUCUCCUCCCACAGACCAAGCGUCUAACCAAUGACCCCGACGUAUUCGUACGUGCGACGUACGCUCGAGCACUCGUUCGUCUCGCCGAUGCCGCCACCCGCAUGUUGGAGCUCAGUCAAGUGGCCCAACCGACCCUGUCAAGCGACGGCCCGCAGAUUGCAGAGGCCGACUACGACUCAAUGCUUGCCGAGAUCCAGUCCGUGGUGGAAGAACAAGCAACAUCCCUCCUCGUGGACACGGCUAGUAACGUCAAGCGCAACAUGUUGGCCUCCAUUGACGACUUGUGUCUUUUCUUUGGGCGCCAAAAGUCGAGCGAGACUGUUUUGAGUCACAUCAUGACCUACCUCAAUGACCGUGACUGGCAGCUCCGUCUGGCCUUCUUUGACGGCAUUGUAGCCGUUGGCGCCUUCAUCGGUAUCCGAGCGAUUGACGAAUAUGUUCUACCUCUUCUUCUUCAAGCGCUUGCAGCCGUUGUCGCUCGUGUUAUUCUGUCGCUGUCAACCCUGACCUCUCUCGGUCUGUUCCACCGUAUGCGCCUGUGGGACGUUUUCUUCUCCGUGCAAGGUUUCCUCUACCACCCCAACAGCUGGAUUCGACAGAAUGCUGCUGGUUUCGUGGCUGCAGCCGCACGCAACCUUCAGCCCGCAGACGUGUGGUGCAUUCUCUACCCCUCGGUCCGCACGACUUUGCGUUCUGACAUUGUGUCCCUCGACGAAGACUCGAUCCUUGGCGCUCUCCUUCCUCCUAUUGCCAAGUCUGCCGCGUUGGCUGACUCUCCACCUGGCUUUUGGAGGGUGGCACAAACGCGCUCUACCGCCAAGUCUACUCUCACCAAGGCAGCCACCGGCAAACCGUCGGGUGACCUGCAGCAUCUUCGCGAAAAAGGUAUUUCGGCCAAGGAUGAAAAGAAGAUUGUCGCUCUUCGCGACUUUAUUUACAAGCAGGCACAUGCCAGUAAAGCUCGCGAAGGAUCAGACCCUUCGACACCGGCUGAGGCUGCGCUCACAUCUGGCAAGUCCAUCUCACUUAUCAACCUCGGCGUCACUCCGCAAACUGUAUUCCUCUCUCCUCGAACCAUCGGUGUUGUCGAUGCCAAACUGGAGCUCAAGCGACUGCGACAGGAGGGAGCAGGUGGCAGCACUCCAAGCCGUCGAACAUCGCUUGCUAGCCGCAGCAACCGGGGCGGGGCACCGAGUGAGAGCCCGGUCGAAGAGUUGCGCAAGCGCCUCAUCACACUGGAGCCGGCUCGUCGUCCGUCAAGUGAACAUGCGAUUCACGUUCCCACCCCCGGUAGCCCUUCCGAGUCGGCCAUUUCAUCUGCCAUGGAUAUAACGACACUCCCUCGGCCCGGUCGCCAUCGCCUGGACUCGAAGGCUGCUCCGGCAGUCGGCGCUGUUCACACCACCGCUCUCGGCACAACUAGUAUCCAUGAUGAACCACCACACUCUGGACGUAGUACGCCCAUACCAGGUGCAUCUGGCGCCGGCGGAACAUUGGUUGGUGCCGGUAAUGGAUCUCUGGCCCCGUACAGUAGUACCUACGACGGAGCCGACCCCGGUGUUCGCGCGUUCUUGGAACAAGUCGACUUGGAAAAUUAUCGGGAACCUUUGCUCGAUUUUGGACCUCGAGUCGUUGCAAGUCACCGGAAACGAGGACCAAGGCCCAAGUCCUCUACGCCGCAGUUUGUUACCAUGAUUGCACAUCUACCCCAUCACACCGGUGCCGUCACGGCUAUUGUCUCUUCUCCAGACCAGCUCUUCUUUGCCACAGCAUCAGAGGACGCUUCAAUCAUGAUCUGGGAUAACGCUCGCCUGGAGCGCUCUGUGUCAGGCCGCCCUCGGCUGACAUACCGCAUGGACGCACCGAUAUCUGCCAUGUGCCGCAUCGAAGAAACCCACUGCUUGGCAGCGGCAUCUGAGGACGGGCAGGUCCACGUCCUACGAGUGUACGUCUCCACCAGCGGAUCUUCGGCCAACAACAAAUACCGCGGCAUCGAGUGUAUCCGUACCUUCCGCACAGCAAACGAGGACGGCUACGUGACACAUAUCUCCCACCUCCAAGAAUCCUCCUUGCUUAUUGUGACGACCACUGGCAUGAUUGCCGUGCUCGACAUGAGGUCAAUGGAGAUCAAAACCCGGUUGCAACACCCUCUCGAGCUCGGACCAAUUUCCGCAGUGUGCCCUACCCCUCACUGGUUAAUUGUUGGCACUGUUACUGGCAGCCUGAGCCUUUGGGACCUGCGAUUUGGCCUGUUGCUAAAGAGCUGGGCUGCUCGCGGCGGAAUAACAUCAUGUGCCAUUCAUCCGUCGCGCGGUCGUGGACGCUGGGUCAUGGUGUCUCUUGAUCGCGACGAUAACAACGACACGAAUGGUGGCAACGGUGGCGCCGAUGUUCCGCUUGUGGAAACCUACGACAUCGAAACCGGCAAGCUUGUCGAGGCCUUUGAGGCGCGCACAACCCGACCCUCGUCACGCUCCGCUCCUCCUCCCGGCAGGGACGUUCUCCAGACCAAAUCUGAACUCAUUGCCGAGUUGGCAGGAGGUCGUGGCGGCCUCCCCACAGUCACUGCCGAUUCAAACGAGACUCCCUCUGUGCAAUCCCUUCUCGUUGGACAAGGCUUUGCAUCCCUCACUGCGCCCGUUGCACGCGACGACGACGUCUCGACAGGUGGAGGAGGUGCAGCCGACCGGGAGCGCGCUCAGCCUUUGAGACCUGGAUGGAUGGUGACGGCAGGCGACGACCGUAUGAUCCGAUACUGGGAUCUGGCACGUGUGAGCGACGGCUUUGUGCUGUGCGGCUCUCCUCGCGAAAAGGACGUUGUAUUCAAGUCGUCUGGGUCUCCGUCUGCGACCCCACAACUCUACUACACUCUCCCCAACGCAAGACCUCUGGGGACCAGCCCAGCCGACUCCAACCGCGGCCAUGCUGCCAACUCGCAACGCCAAGCGCUCCGGCCCCACUAUGACGCGAUUUGUGUCAUAAAGGUGUGGCGAAUGGAGGGUUCGCCAGUGUCCCGACCAUAA